UAUAAAUCCCGGUAUUAUCAUGAGAGUAUGUUGACCUUCGCGCAUCCCGCAUCAACACCUAUCAAACAUGUCUCAGCAAGAAAGCCAGCCAAGUAAUAGCCGUUCGGACCCUCCCACAACCAUAUCCAACGAAGAAGGCGAUUUCACCUCCCAAGUGGUAACCGAGAUAUACUUCAAGUUUGGUGAGGGCAUCGACACCACCUACUUCGUGCCCGCAACGUCUAUAGACCUCGAUGACGACGACGACAUUCGCACUACUCGAAAGCCGUAUGUGAAGCAGGAAGACGGAACUCUAGGGGCAGCGUCGGGUGAAGAUUUGAUCACGUGA